ACUCGUGAGGAUUUUGUCCCGGCACAUUCAAAUCAGUCAAAUUGCUGUCAGUUACUUUCAUUGUUAAACCUAAGUGCAUCCUAUCUGAUCACUGAGUUGUCCUCUCAUUUUAUUCGUACUGUUUUAUCCUAAUUUAAAUAAGGGGGAAUCCCCUCCACACACACACUGUUCGGACAGUGUUGGGGGUGUAAAGAUCCAACAUCUCCAAUAUGCAACCCACCUGCAUGUCAGACAUAAACCUAACAAAAACUAAACGUUAUACGAGUUUCCAGCAGUUAUUUGCCACAUUCAGGUCCAGAAGAGGAAUUUAUCCAUAAAGGCCGAGACGAUCAAAUUCAAAUGGUUUGGUAAUCUGACAGUGCAAUCUCGCUAUUUUGGGGAAUUUCGGGUAAUCUUGAGGUUUUCCUCAAAGUCGGGAAAAGUUUGGUAGCUUCCCUCAAAGUCAGGAGAAAACCCAAAAUCUUGGGGAUUUUCCCCGGACCCAGGAAAAAAUUGGGGGUUUUGUCCUAUUUCCUCAAAGUUCCCUAUUGUAGCUUACCCAAAACGGACAUAAGUUUCCCCAAAAUAGGGAGGUUGAGAGGUUUUUAUUGGCGAUAACAGACUACGGGACUAAAAUCUUUAACGAAUAUCAAUAUUUAUUUAUAAGAUGGCAAAAACGGGAAAGUGUGUAUACUAUCUUAAAGUAAACUUGUAAUACGUUAGUAAAGUAGCGAUUUGAUUCGUAGAAUAUGAAAGAUGAGGAUUACUUGUUCGGACCCGAUCCGAUUAUGCUCAUUGCAUUAUUGAUAUCUCUUUGAAAGCCAUACGGAUUAAUGUGCUUGUCCCCAAUAUAAUCUCCGCAUAAUCGAGUCGGUUUUAAGCUAUUGAUGCAAACUCGUUUCGCACCAAUAUUUCACCUAAGUGUAAGCACCUAUGUAGUAAUUAAUUGUAUAUUGAACUCACGGAAACAGGAACUUUCUGUGGCUUAAAUUAAAAUACCGUUAUUGUGUUCAUACUGUUUCCACUCAGUUUCUAGUCCCGUCAUACAUGAAUUUAUGUUCUAUGGCACCCAGCUCUAGAGACCUUGGAUCACGUCCAUUUUCGGCCCUGGAACAGGACUAAUGGGAGUGGGUUUGUGUUAAUAUCCCCAUGGAUUAUGUCUUUGAAUACAAUUAUGGAUAGAGGUGAUAGCACUUGUUUUAGCAUUUCAUCAGUUAGCUGACAUACUGUAAGGAAAACAGAAAAUCCGUCGUUUUACAAGAUACAACAGUCGUGAGUUUACAUUCGAACGGUGUUCCUUAUGCUUCCACUUUACCUUCAAUCAUAGAAUGCUCCCUAUCCAAAUCGUACCACAGAAAAGCUAGCCAUUCAGCGACUUAGAAAUUUAUGCUUAAUGUCGCCAGGCCCCAAUGAGUUCUAUUCCGAGUGUGUGGAAAUAUAUUUUGCCUUGUAUAAGUUGUAAUAUCUUCAUCUUCCAUACCAUUUGGUGGAUUGUUACUCGGAGACUAACAGUUUUGUGAAGUACUUCAAUUAUGCUUUUAAAUCAGUAUUUUCAGCAAAUCGGAAGUAAUUUAAACCCUGACGACCAGAGGCACCUGAUAUGACUAGCCUUAUAAUUUACCAAAAUUAGGACCUAUAUAUUUCUGAAGAAAUACUAGUGUGCUUAUUAACUAUUAACUAACUCACCAGUUACUUGGGUGUGAGUUACGCUAUAAGUAUGAAGGGUAAUAUUACCAUCCUGUUGCUCAAACUGAAUUAGGUGGAGUAGGCUCCAAACCUAGGAUAUAGUGGGUAAAAGUCGAAUGUCUUAAUCACUGAGCCAUCGCUACACUAGUAUACUUAUCAAAUCCGUUUUCUAGCAAUCUUUGGCAUUUAAUAGGCAAUAAGGCAUAUCAGUCAAUGUGUUAAGUAGUACUUUAAUGGGGGUGAUCACUUGACCAUUGAGAGUUAAUUGUUUAAACUUGCUUAGUUCCAAAUCAACUCUCCAAAUUAGUAUUAUCUCAAUUUUUUUACGUUUUAGAUAGUUAUCUGUUGCUUCUUGAUCAACGCCUUGUCUUUUGUCCGUUAUUAAACGGCCGCUCAUUACCUGUAAUAAUGCCUAUCCCGGAGUUGUCUAAUAUAUUGCUCCAAGAGUUUGUGAAUUUCAAAGUAUUGCAAUUGCACAAUAACCCUGUUAUUAUUGAUGGAGAGGACUUUAGUGAAUAUUUUUAUGAAUAUUUAAAAUUACCUAUAAAAUAUGGCGGCGAAUAUUUAUCUUAUAUUGUACAUAUUAAGCAGUUUUUGAAUGAAAUCAAACAAUGCAAGAUUUAUCCAUCCUUUCUGUUUGGCUCCGAUUGUGAAAGAGUCGGCUUACAACUUUCCAGUCAACUUCAAGCAAUGGAAUCAACAAUAAAAUUAUUAUCUUCAAGUAAUACACAAAAGAAAAAUUCAUCGCCUAUACCUUACUAUAUGUUUCUGCAAAGUAUGUUAACAGAUGUUCUCAGUGAUAUGGAAAUAAAAUUUUUAAAGUCUCCUUAUCCUCGUAUACGAAGUUGUGUCUCAUUAGCUACUUAUCUUCACCAUCCAAUCAUUGCUAGUUCUCCUGAAUAUUUUUUAAUCGGUACUCACCAGAUGUCAUCUGAUACAUCUCCUUGUUUUAUCCCACUAUCACUCAUGAAAUUUCAAUGUUUGGAAUCCGAAGGGAGUUGUUAUUGUGAAUCAAUAGAUGCAGAAUCACAAUCCAUCCAAAAUCCAUGUCGUUUCUUAACAGUCCAUGAAUUUAUUCCUAAACCAUCUUCAGUUCAUCCAGCCUGUCGACCGUUGAUUGGCUUGUUACUUGGUACGGACUCAAUGCCUCACACAAAACUCCCCAACUACUUGUAUUCGAUCAUAAACAACAUAGAGAAAAGAAGCUACAAAUUUCGACGCUUUAUGACUCUGGUUUCAUGGUUUUCCCAAUUCAACACUAAUCUACAGACCCCAAUUGAUGAAAUCCUAAAAUGCUACUCUUCCAAAGAAAGAGGUAAGCUCUUAAAAAUGUUCGCAGAAUCACUGGCGGGAUACUUUCCAGACUUAUACUUAGGUCAAAAGUUAUCUGUUUCUCUUCAUCAAGAAAUUUCAGUAUCAACUAGAAAUCAGUCGAAUCCUCCAAUUUUUGUAUAUAGCACACAGGAACCUAAUUCCACAACCGAAAUUGUAUUAUGGCAAAGACGUCUUGGUGAUUUGUUAAAAGGUCAGCUGACCAUUAUCCUAGGAAGUAUGGAUUUUACACAAGGAUGGUCAAAUUAUUUAUUACAAUUAUAUUUUAAACAUAAACUUGCACCAUUCAUUUUAACUCCUAUCUAUUGUCAAGGUGGCGUUGUUAUGCCUUUAUUAAUUGAAAAUUCAAAUAUUGAAUUGUCAGCCUAUGAAAUUUCACUACCUUUAAGAUGGAUGCACUAUCGUUUAUUAUGUGGUAUUGAACAUAACCUAUCACAUAAACAAAAACUAAUCGGUUUAAAUCCUCAUAUUUUGGAAUAUCACCGUGUUGGUGAUACACUAACAACAUAUCAAAUUCAAGUUGAUCCUUUAAUUUUAAAUCGAUAUGAAGAUACAACAGAUAAAAUACUUUCAGGUAUAGUUGGAUUUUCAUUUUCUAAUUUUAAUGUUGAAAGAAAAUGGAUCGUAAGUUUAGCACUGACCUUAACAUUUUGGUUUCAUGCUAUUACAAAAAAUAAGAGCAAUUUACGCGAUGAUCUACGAAAUUCUCCUGUUGUUCUAGCAACUGUAGCAAUUGCUGUCACCAAUUAUUUCAAUGUUAUAGAAUCAGAUGAAAAAACAGUUGAACAUUAUGGUAUUUUGAUUAAAUUCCUAAAGGAUAAGUUAUCUGAUCGACUGUCAUCAUCGUCUGUUGAUUCGUCUAUUGUUCAUCAUUUUACUUCAAUUCACACUGUAUAUAUCUAUCUACGAUCAUUGACACAUUUAAUUGAUGAAUUGGUACUAUCUGAUCGAAAAUCUAAUUGUUUGAGCUUUCUUCCGUCAUGGAUAUUCUUUCCGUCUGGACACUUAUUUUAUAGUCUUGUGAUUGAUAUAGAAUCACUUAAACCAGAUGAUAGAUUCCGUUUAACUUUACGCUAUUGGCUCCCUCGUCUUUAUCGUAUUCCAAAGUUAAACUCUGAAUCCGCAAUGAAAUUGCAAAAAUUAGCUGAAAUUUACGAACGUGUAAUAAAUAUUGCAAGUGAGAUGAUAUGUUUACCAGUAUUUGCUCCAAAUAUUGUAUAUACAAAGGUACCAACAACUAUUCCUGUCAUUGAUUUGCUUAAAAAUGAAACACCUUCAAAUGCCCCAAGUUCAGUUAGAACAACAAACACGGAAAGGAGCUUACAAGAUAAAAAUUCAGAAUUCAAGAAAAGAUCACACUCUUCUAUCAAUAUAAAAUCAGAUAUCCCACUAUCUAAAUCUAAACAGUCAUUACCUAAUCGUCAUUACUCAGAAAAAACAUUGGUAACGUCUAAAAAACAAUCUCGAAAAUUACCUUAUCAUUUACGCUCUACUGGUUAUGCUGCUCGUUUACGUGCCAGACUUGAAGAAACAGAAUAAGAUAUCAAUUAUUUUUUCUUUGUUGUUGAUUACUCUAUUUUAAAUUUGUCAAUUUCCUUCAACUACCGAUUUUAUUAUGCCUUUCAAGUUGAAAAUUAUUCCGGUUAUUUUUCAUUUUCUCAUUAUAUUUUCCAAAAUAUCAGCAUUUUUAUUGGAGAAUAUCAAGUUUGUUUUUUGCCGUACUCGUACUCCUAUACCUUUCAAGGGGCUUUUUUAUUUAAAGUGUAUCUCAGUUGAUCUGGAGACUAUUGUUUUGAGAACAUGUUACUGGGUUUUUAAGGUUCCUCGUAUUCUUUUGAAAACACAAAUGAACUCGAUGAUAUGGGUAAAAACGCCAUUAAGCACUUUACUUUUUAUUUAAGUUCUAAUCAACGUUGUCUCAAGUGUAACACUCCUAUUUUCAACCAAUUCAAUAGUAAGAUGCUAGAUGUCUUGUGUGGCUUAAACUAAUAUUUCUUCGUUAUUUGUAUUGUUGGCAAGUACUGAUCACAUUUCAAUUGAAAGGAUCUUGUAUACUUCUCAGUCUUUAUGGGCAUUCAUCUUAAAAGACACUGUCUUCUUAUAGGUCUAUCCAAUUAGUGUUGACUCCGUCCUUGUAAUCUUGUGUACCAAGCUUAUUCAAAUUAUCAUUCUAACCACCUCUGAGCUUAAACUCACAAGUCUGAAAAGUGCCACUUCGCAAAACAGAUUGUUUCUGAAAUAAACUGCAUACAUACAAGGACUUUAUCUUAGCUAUUAUGUAUUCUAUACUUGUGGCUGAAGACUAUUUGGCAAUAUACUUAUUAACC